CACCUUUUUCGCGCCCGCCACUGAAAUCGCGCACUUAGCAUUGGACCGCUGUACGAAUCGGUGCGUCUGGACGACGGACUACUUGUACAGUCCAAUCAUAGCUUCUUCAGUCACAGACAACACAGUCUGACUCUCCCACUCAUAUGCCAUGAGUAUCCGACAGCUUGCUCCAGAGGCCUGGAGUGCUGAAAGCAUCAUUACACCCAAUUCCGCGCAGGACUGAGCUUCCAUUGCACUGAUGCUUUGGUACUUGCUCUCACCCAUAAGAGGCACGACUCAGCCGCCUCGCCUUUCCGUCAACCAUCCGGUCCGGAGAGCAUUCUACCGCCAUGGCAAAACGACUGCUCAGCAUUGGCUAUGGGUCAUGCUCCUCUCCGUGGCAAUAGCCAUGGGUUUCUCCUAUCCGACUAUUUUCUUGUCAGAGGACCCAACAGCCGGUCUGGCCGCCGUGCCUCAUCAUGUCUGGACGACAGCCAAGCCGGUAGACAAUGCAUCGACCAGUGUUGACAUUGAGCUGCGACAAAUAUGGGUGCAUGGCUCAUACAUGGACGCCCUCAAUAAGGAUGUGCUCAAACGUGGUCUUGCUGUACAGCAGAGACUGGUCGGGAAUGAAAACCUUGGCGACAUUAUGCACGCUCUGGACGACAAAUUGCGAUCAAGUGCUGUGCCCUGGGCCUUCCAUUCUCCGCUGAUGUACUGGAACAAUUCUGCAGAUCUGAUUGAUGCAGACGACGACAUCAUUGGCACCAUCAACGAUCAGAGAUAUACAUCCUCCUCGCUCAAUGUGGUCCUUCGCCCAGCAUCAGUCUUUGCCGGCAAGCAGUUCGACAGGACUACGCUGAAGGCCGCCGAUGCACUCGUGAUCACCUUGCUCAACAAAGGUGGUGGCGGAAUUGGCGACAGAUGGCACAACAGAAUGCAGACUUUAGCAGAUGGUGCUUGUCCAGAGUGUACGCUCUUUCCAUCGGAUGGCCAUGUUACGCGCCACCGCGUGUACGAAUUCAGCUUCACGCCACUGAGCAUUUCAGAGCAUCUAGCUCUCACAUUGGCGUAUUCUGCUAUGGCUAUCUAUGUUAUCUUGAGCUUCCGCAGGAUGAAGGCGUUCCACUCGCGCGGCGGCCUGGUCGUGACUGCUGUUACUCAGAUGACUUGUUCUAUCUUGUCUAGCUUCACGAUCUGCCACAUUCUACAGAUCAACUUGUCCAUGAUUCCGCAGAACGCGUAUCCAUUCGUUGUGCUUGUUCUUGGCAUCGAGAAUAUCUUCAGAAUGAUCAACGCCGUGCUCGCCUACCCUCCCACGAUUGCAACUGAGCUCCGUAUCGCCAAUGCUCUGGGCGACAUCGGACCCAUGUCCGUGGCAGCAGCACUGCAAAAUGUUACAGUUCUUGGUCUGCUUUCAACUGUUGUAUCUCCCGGUGUCGCAGCAUUCUGCGCUUUUGCAGCGAUAGCAACCCUCUUCGACGCCUUCUUCUUGCUCACUUUUUUCGUCGCUGUACUGAGCGUGGAUAUAAGGCGGCUUGAGCUGCAAGAUGCACUAGCAGCGAGGCACAACAGACCUCGCCGAAGAAAACAAUCGCCUGCGGUGCAUCAUACAUGGGUGGAUGCGCUUCUGCAAGGCAGGCUUCCAGUGAGCACAAGGAUGGCUGGAACAGCUGUCACUACCACAUUUGUGCUGUCGUUGAACUACCACUUCUUCGAGCGAAAGGGCGCCGGCGCCACGAUUCGAGAUGUCCUGAAUCUCUUCAGGAGUAAUGCCAGCCCAAUAAAUGACAUCGACACCUUUGCACCGCCGCCCAUGAACGCCACGCUGACACCUGCGGACUGGAUGAGAAUGCAAGACUUCGAUACGGCGAAAGAGGUCAUGCGAUUGGCGAAGCCUGGUGCUGACAGUUUUGUUAUCCGCCUCUUUGCGCCGCUCGUAGUGGUCCUGGGAGGGUCCGAUCGCACUGGAGUUCCUAUCAACGAUCACACAUGGACACACAUCUUGCACAGCUUUGCUGUUCAUCAUUUCUACCCGGUCAUGGUAGCCAUUGUGUUCAUCGUAGCUUUCGUUGCGGUGUUAAUGAAUUUCUUGCUGUAUAGCGACGUGGGUGACGAGGACAACGAUUUCGCGCUGGAACAGAUCGAAGACGUCUUGACCUGCAACACUGUGGUUCUGCCACACAGGCUAGAUAUUGUGAAGAUCGCCAGCAACGAAGCCGGGCAUUUUGUCACGGUCGCCCUGGACCGGAGCAUUACCAUUGCUGUGGAGAAUCCUAUCCAUCAGGCACAUAAUACUGUGGCAGUGCCAGAUCACGUUCUGAAGCACAUUACGUGGCCGAUACGGCAUCUUGCCAUCGACAACACAGGAGAAUGGAUCGCAUGCCAUUGCGCUGAUGACCGCGUCUUGGUGUACCAUUCCAGCAGUGGGCUCCUCAAGACCGAUGUGAUGAAAUACCCAGAUGAUCACCCGGCUGCCAUAUUCACCUUCGUCUCACUCCCGACGGAUGAUGGAGUGAAAAUGCACUUUUUGGCGCUGAGUUCUGCUGGACGCAUCGCUAUGAGCUACAUUGAGGAUGAGAGCUCGUACAGCGAUGAGCUCUCGCAGCUGCCUCUUAUGGGCGCAAUGGUUCAAGACACUGCACAUGGGCGACAGCUGUACACUGUUGGCAUGGAAGCAAAGAUCACUGCUCACGGCUGGUCAGUCUGCGAGUGGACCGUGGCCAGAACCGCACAGCUUCAGCUCGAGCUUGAAGAAGGACACCUCGGCGGCCAUUUGACGAGCCAUGUUGAUAUGCAGCUGUACCGUGACCUGGACAUGGAACUCCUAGUCGUCACCACAUCUAAAUCGGCAGUGUUCCUGGAAAGUGGCACCCUUGCACACGUUGCCAAAUUCGACAUCAGCGCUGGAGGUCCAGAUGUGGACAAGCUUCUGAUUGGGACUUCACGAUUGUGCCCAGCUUGCGGCAACCUUGCGCUGAGAAGAAUCGCAGCAGUCGGAGAGGCGAUAGGCUCCAACAAAUGCGUCAUGACUACUUGGACCAUUAACGACACUCCGGAAGGCUGCGUCUGUUUAGCACAACGUUCUGCCGCCUGUCGAUCUUUCAGUCCAGCCGACGUCGAAGCUCAUACUCUGGCUGUGUCGGGUGCUUGGGCAACAGCUAACGGUCAUGCCAUUAUGGGAUUGCGUAGACCGCCAAAACCAUCAAUUGAACUACUAGCGCCACCUGAUCGCAGCCACAGAAGACAGCCCUCCACGUCACAGAUCCGCCAGAGGAAACGCAAUGCACGCGACAGCGCGAAGACUGAGGAGGCCGCAGACUUGUGGGAAGCAUACAAGUUGUCCAUAGACGGCGAGCUGCAAACGCUUGACGUGCCUGCGGCAGAAUCAGGCCAAGAUGGUAGCGGCUCACUAUAUGUCGACCAUCCUGGACCAGCAGUGACUCUCGAUUCCCAGAGUGUCGCCGUGGCAUUUGGAAAUCGCGUCAAGGUCAUCCGAAGUUCACGCAGAGGUACUGGAUCUAGGCGAUCCACCAUCACGCUACUUGACAGGCAGGGAAGUGUUUCGAAGCGAACACUGGUCAGGAAGGCGAAAUGAGGAGGCAGACCUCGCAUCCUUAGACCCUUGGACUUUACCACUUUGGUACUUCUUUCAGCUGUGUCUCAUCGGUGCUGUGAGGCACCAUGGCAGAUUGCAGGCACGAAGACGAAUGUUUCGGGCCUUUCCAUACCAUUGGCCGACUUUCGGCCGAUCAGAGUGAACGAGCGCUCGAAGAGGCGAAUGACGCGUCCAUAUCUCAGCGCUCGAACCAUUCGUUCAACAGGGGCCAGACGAGGAUUGGUUUGAUGCUGGCGUCGAUCAGGACAAUGCGACCUCAAUCGCUACUCUCCUAAUGAAUGCGAAAGACAGUCAGGCCACGGACGAUAAUACAGUUACGCACGUGGAACAACGCAGACUAGCGUGAAAAUCAGCGGGAUGGUGCUAG